CUGCAGGUUGAUCAGCCUAACCUCAGGCCCUGGGAAGAUCAGGAAUCGUCCUGGAAACUGGUUGGAAGGAUAAGGAGAUGACAUGGCAGAACUUCUUCUUGGGGAGUCCAAAUUAGAGCAAUUUUUGAAGGAAAAUGCUCUUAAACAGACUAGUAGUCCACGGGGCCCCCGGCCAAAACUGACCGAGGUCAGGAAACAUCUCACGGCAGCGCUUGAUAGGGGAAACCUAAAGCCAGAAUUCCUACAAGAAGCUAACCUGAUUAUGGCCAAGUUAAACUACGUGGAAGGUGAUUACAAAGAAGCUCUGAACACAUAUGCCAGAGUUGGAGUUGAUGACUUGCAGCUAGCUGCAGUGCCACCAUAUAGGCUACGGAUGAUUGCUGAAGCAUAUUCUACUAAAGGUCUCUGUCUUGAGAAGUUGCCAAUUUCUUCUUCAGCUAGCAACCUCCAUGUGGACCGUGAACAAGAAAUUGUUACGUGCUACGAGAAGGCUGGGGAUAUUGCUCUCCUGUACCUUCAGGAGAUAGAAAGGGUAAUUAAUGCCAAUUUACAAAACAGAAGCCCUAAACCAGGGCCCACUGCACAUGAACAAGAACUUGGUUUUUUCCUGGAAACAGGGCUUCAAAGAGCACAUGUUUUAUAUUUCAAGAAUGGGAACUUGACGAGAGGAGUUGGUAGAUUUAGAGAGUUACUAAGAGCUGUUGAAACAAGAACUACGCAAAAUCUGCGAAUGACGAUAGCAAGACAACUGGCUGAAAUUUUGUUACGAGGCAUGUGUGAACAGAGUUAUUGGAAUCCACUGGAAGAUCCUCCUCACCAAUCACCCCUAGAUGAUCCACUUCGAAAAGGUUCAAAUACUAAGAAUUACGCGCUCAGUAGAAGACCGCGGGUAUACACUGGAGAAAACAUCUUUUGUCCUCAAGAAAAUACAGAAGAAGCCUUACUGUUGCUGCUUAUUAGUGAAUCUAUGGCUAACCGUGAUGCUGUACUGAGCAGAAUACCAGAACACAAAAAUGAUCGUAUCAUCAGUUUGCAAAGUGCAUCUGUAGUCUACGAUUUACUUACUAUAGCCUUGGGAAGAAGAGGCCAAUAUGAAAUGCUCUCAGAGUGUUUAGAAAGAGCCAUGAAGUUUGCAUUUGAAGAGUUCCAUCUCUGGUAUCAAUUUGCAUUGUCCUUGAUGGCAGCAGGAAAAUCUGCUCGAGCUGUUAAAGUCUUGAAGGAAUGUAUACGUUUGAAACCAGAUGAUGCAACUAUUCCACUCCUUGCUGCAAAGCUCUGUAUGGGAUCUCUCCACUGGUUGGAAGAAGCUGAAAGAUUUGCCAAAACAGUUGUUGAUCUUGGGGACAAAACAUCAGAGUUCAAAGCAAAAGGCUACUUGGCACUGGGGUUGACUUACAGUCUGCAGGCUACUGAUGCAUCUUUGCGAGGGAUGCAAGAGGUCUUGCAGAGAAAGGCUCUUCUUGCAUUUCAGAGGGCUCACAGUUUGUCUCCAACAGAUCAUCUGGCAGCAUUUUACUUGGCACUGCAGCUUGCCAUAUCCAGACAGAUACCAGAAGCUUUGGGUUAUGUUCGUCAGGCUCUGCAACUACAAGGAGAUGAUGCCAACUCUCUUCAUCUCCUUGCACUCUUGCUAUCAGCCCAGAAACACUAUCAUGAUGCUUUGAAUAUCAUUGACAUGGCCUUGAGUGAAUAUCCAGAAAAUUUUAUAUUACUGUUUACAAAAGUCAAAUUGGAGUCCCUGUGCAGAGGCCCAGAUGAAGCACUCCUUACCUGUAAACACAUGCUCCAGAUUUGGAAAUCCUGCUACAAUCUCACUAACCCAAGUGAUUCCGGACGUGGGAGCAGCCUGUUAGACAGAGCUAUUGCUGAUAGACGACAGCUUAAUACAAUUACAUUACCAGAUUUCAGUGAUCCUGAAACAGGUUCAGUCCAUGCCACAUCAAUAGCAGCUUCCAGAGUGGAGCAAGCGCUGUCUGAGGUUGCUUCAUCUCUGCAAAGCAGUGCCCCUAAACAAGGUCCCUUGCAUCCUUGGAUGACUCUGGCUCAAAUAUGGCUUCAUGCAGCUGAAGUCUACAUAGGAAUUGGGAAGCCUGCUGAGGCCACAGCAUGUACCCAGGAAGCAGCUAAUCUCUUUCCCAUGUCACACUAUGUUCUCUACAUGAGAGGUCAGGUGGCUGAACUUCGUGGAAAUAUGGAUGAAGCCAAACGCUGGUAUGAAGAGGCCUUAUCUAUUAGUCCUACCCACGUGAAAAGCAUGCAGAGGCUGGCUCUGAUACUUCACCAGCUUGGGCGCUAUAGCUUGGCAGAGAAGAUUCUCAGAGAUGCCGUCCAGGUGAACUCCACGGCCCAUGAGGUCUGGAACGGCCUGGGAGAGGUGCUGCAGGCUCAAGGCAAUGAUGAUGCGGCAACCGAAUGCUUCCUGACAGCACUGGAGCUUGAAGCUAGCAGUCCCGUGGUCCCUUUUACCAUCAUUCCCAGAGUCCUUUGAGAGGGCAUCUUGAUCAACCAAUUUUGGUCUGAAUUCUGGGUGGGGAAACCCAGCAUAUCAGGCUGCCUGGUGACUGGUUAGUUUGAAAAACUUGAGCUACAGGUAACAAAUUCCAGUCUUUUGCAGGAAAGUGGCCAAAACAGUGACGUGAUGCAAUAUAUUAAUGUUAGACUGGGAGGACAAAAUGGCUAGCCAGAACCAAAUCACUCAUAUCGCCUACAUUUUUGCCCUGGUAGUUUUAAAACAUCGUUAUAAUUGUUCAUGGAUGAUGUGCCAUAUUUUGUUAGUGAUACUUGAGUGUUACAUAAAAUUAUAAUGGAAUCAACUACCAAUUGUAGAAUAAGUUAAAAUUCAGUGGCAGAGCAGACUAUUUUUAACAAGGCUGUUAAUAAAACUGUUCUCUUCCUGCCUCUCAACCUCUUUUGGCCCAAAGUCAAAAUGUGAAUUUUCUGUUUCCAUCUCUAUUUUAGUCCAGGCCAGAAAAUCAGUUGAGUUCUUGUUUAGUUGUUAAUAACUGUGAUGUGUGGCUAACUGUUAUCUCUAUUUAGAGCAAAGGCUGAGUACAAGAAUAUUUAUAUUUUACCAAUGUAUGCCUGUUACAAAAAAUAUAUUAGUUAUUUAAGUUUAACUUUUUUAUGUGAAUUCAGAGUUUAUUUAUCAAUGGAAAUAUGUAAAAAGAAGCCUCAAAUGGAAUAUUUACCGACAUUCCUUAUACAUGACCCACACUUGGCUAAAUGGGAAGAUUAUGUUAAUAAUAAAAUGAUUUUUAAAUGGAA